CUAACCGACUGAACUGACAUUUGCACACCUUCAUCCAGACCCUCUUAAAGGCGAAGUUUUUGAGUAUUAGUUUCAAGUCCCUAGAACUCGAAAAUAACGUCUAAGCUUGAGUAAAAAUAAAAAAACAAAAAACAAAAUGCGGUCACAAAUUAAACAUAACAAAACAACGCUUGUUGUAAAAACCUUGAUUUGAGAACUUAACGUUUCGUAAGCUUCUGCAUACAUCAUCAGAAUCGAAGUAUAAAACGGUUAGCGGCAUUAAAAUACAUUUAAACGAGAAGACUAGUACCUAAUAAGGAAAGUAAGGACAAUGGAUAUAAAUGAAAAUAAACAGACUAAAAUCUGCUGAAAAAAAAACAUAUAAAUGGCAAGAAGAGAAGAAGUUUCUCACUGCCAACAUUUUCAUGACUUCUUUUCUUUUCUUUUCUUCUCCUCCGUUUCACCGACCACGUGACCACAAGAAACGGAGGCUCUGGGGACGAGAAUGGCUGAGAGUACGAAAUGAAUUCUCUUCCCAUGCUCAGAAAAUAGGACAAGAGGUCGCGAUUCUUGGCGCUGACCAAAACGAGCGCGGCCUCUGGGGACGAGAAUGGUGACGGAAUACCUCCUGGUACUGGUCACGCAAUGUCACGUAACGUAUCAAGAUUUAUACUGUGCUAGGAGCAAAAGCUUCUUUCUUUCUUUCUUUCUUUUCUUUCCAUAACCUGCAAUAUGUUUAGCAGAGUAAAACGACGUAGAAAGUCAUAAAACAGGGAAUUUUAGUCAAUCAAAGCACGCAUCGAGCUCAAGUAAACCUCUUGCAAAUCCCUUGUAAAUCAUUCCGAGAUUUUGCGAAAUAAAACAAUAGCUACUGUGAAAUUGUCCAAUCACAAAGAAAUCACAGCGAGGUCACCGAUUUCUGCACGAACGACAACAAACGUAACGAUGUCGGGGGUAGCAGCCAACGUGUUAACGCGUAUCGUAUCUGCUUUCCAAACUGUCGCACAGUCAAACGAAGUCCCACUGAAAACCAUCGUCCUCGCCCUUUUGUUGUACGGAGUCAAAGAGUUCCUGAGCGACAUCAUUUUCACGUGUCCCGAAGAACACUUCGCUAUUUAUGGCAGUCUAUUCAUCUUCGGCCCAUCGAUUCUUCUGUUCUGCUUAUCGCUACUGGUUUCGUCCUCCUUUUGGCAAGUUGUAACAGGCUGUCAUCUUCUAAGAUGCCGUGAAAAGAAGUUGUUAUUGUUGAAGUCGAAGAACAGUGUGUUUGUCGCCUGUUUGCCGCCAGUUAUAUGGCUAGUGUACGCUUUUGUCGAAGAAGAUUAUUACGUUUGCGCCAAACUCGGGCCUCUGGACAUAGCACUUGCUAAGGCGAGCACAACCGCUCUGAAAGAUGCCGUGAAGAAGGAAUUCUCUCACACGAAGGUUGUAUCGGAAUUAAUUGCGUGGGGUUUGAUUCUCGGGCUUGUUGUUAUCUCCACCAUCUUCGUCACGGUUUAUCGCCUGUGCAUGCCAAUUGAUCCUAAACUUCUGGGAGAAUACGCUUUCCACGAAUACGAAGCUGACAAAGCCGUCUCCCAUUUCAACGAAAGGAUCAAACCUCUCGCAGAACAAGACGCUUUACAGAUGGUUGACAGUUUGUUCGAGAAGUACAAGGACAAAAGCCACGUGGAACAAGUCAGAACUAUCGAAAACCAACUCAAGAGGUUGUUUCCAAGACAUGCGGGUGUAUUGAGUGGACCGUUUAGAGUGGAAACCAAUACCGUGAAACCAGAUCCUACGGUCCAUGUACCCACGUCAUAUGCCUCGGGAGAUAUGGAGUUACAGCCAAUGGUCGAGAAAAUACAUGCUUAAACACUUAAUGUCUGGUCGACCAGACAUUAAGUGUUUGUUGCCAUGAGGUUUCAUGAGUUUAGCUUUGUUUCUCAUGAAACGUUAUGGCAAAGUUCUGGGAAACGUCAUGGAAGUCAGCAGCAAAAAGUCACAAGUCAAAGUAAAUUUAAGCAGACAGCAUUAUGCUCCCUACGGAGUGCAAUUAUUGACAUCAGUUUAGCCACUGGGGUGACGGGAAUCUGUGGUGUGGCUUGUACCAGAACUUCCUGCCUGACAGUUCUGGGUUGUGGCCUUGCUGCCCUAAACAGAGCAUGAAUCUUCCCUACAGAGGGUCUGGACCAGUCCUAAACAGGAUAGAGUUGCUUGAUUGCCAGAGUCAAAUGUGGUUUACACAGUAUAUUUGAGCAAGCCAAGAUCUGAAACACCAGAUAAUGUUCAUGGCAAGAUAGUGCUUGUUAAUUUAUCCUCUUAUUCUAUGCUUGGAAUCCUUUGUUCUGUAUCGGUCAUAUAAUAGACAGUGUUGUCCAACCUCUUUGUCCUAAACACGAUCAAACUUUCAAACCCUCUGUAUCACCCCUGCACCCAAACACGGGUCAAGUAUGACCCUCUACCCCUGGGAUAGUUAUUGAGCCUAGGGGAAAAGGGUAGUCUUGUGUAGGACUGAUGCCAUGAAAUAAAUGUACCUUACAUACAUUGUGUUAAAAUAAUAAUAUAUUUUAAAUUCUCAUAAACCUCCUCUUCUAAGUACAUGCUCUUAAAAAAUGUAUGCCAUUUUCCAUUUUUUAAAUAAUUGAGACUACUAACAAUAUAUCCCACCCGUGUUACAAGUCAUUAACAAGCAUUCUGCUGUAAGCUGAUUUAAGUCAUGUGACCCCAUUAAAUGUGGUCACAUUAAAUGUGGUCACAUGACAUCUACAAUGGCAUAGCAAAACCCUGACUAUACCAUGUUCCUCCAUCAUAUAAUCAAGAUGCUAUUUCAUAUCUCAAACGAGAAAUUUUUUUCCUAAAUCAAGCAAGUUGCAAAAAUGUCUUGCUUGCAUUAUACCAAACAGACAAGAGAAAGGUCAAUACUGACAGUGACGGACCAAAUCAUUGUUGGUGAACUGUUUGGGAGUAAUUUGACUGCCAGCAUGUUGUGAAACAUACACAUCAGUUUCAAUAACCAGAGACUUAAUAUUAUUAAUAAUAAUAAUUUAUUGUCAAAGAAAAAUUUUCACUAGACUCGAUCUAGAGAUAACCUUUGCUCAGAUUGCUUCAAAAUGUUGUUGACCAGUAACAUUAAAGUUUGUCUUCCCGAUGCAUAAUGAUUUAUAUGCUUUCUUCACCCAGUGUAUAUACAAGUGGUUAUUGGUUAGCUGUAAAUGUCUAUAUCACUUUAAGACAAAAUAUGUCUUACCAUGGUCUGGCUUAACAGUUUGGAUUGACUGACAUUUACUUGUGAUUCCUCAAUUUGCAGUUGACCACAUUAUCUACUCUUUCCCCCACCCCCCCCC